AUGCAGAUUGACUUGGCCAAGGAUGUGCCGGUGCCCAGCAGCGAACCGGGGUCGCCGGUGCCCAAGAGAGAGCCGGAAGACUUACUGCUUGGGCCUGCCAAACGGACAGCCGCGAAUGCAGGCAGCGGGAGUGGGACCGUCACCCUGGAGAUGAAGGACCUUGAGCAGCUCCUGUCCCAGCACGCGGAGCGCAUUAUGCAGGCACAACAUGCCCAUCUCGAGGCUAGGUUGGGAGGGCUUGAGGAGGUUAUCUCGAACAGAAUGGGGGGUGCGGAGGUUCGGCUUGAUGCGGUCGAGAACAAGGUUGACAACCUGGAAGCUAGGCUGGAAGAGCUAACCAAGGAGCUGCGAGAGAGACCGGCUGGUCAACAACGUCACGGACCGGAUUCAAGGCGGCUCACGCUGCUGUUCGGGGGAUGGCCCCGGGACAGCCGACGGACCGACAUCUUAGGCGGUUUGGAGAAAGCCUUGCAUGCCCUGGACGUCAAGAAGCACCUUGACAAUGAUCCCUUCUGCACGGGACCGCGUAGGUCAACAGCCUUGGCGGCCUUCGAGCAUCGGCAAGGGGAGAGUGAGGCUCAGACGAAGCGGAGGAUGCAUAAGAUCGUGCAGGCGGUCGCGGAGAAUGAAGUUAAGCUUCCGGGGGGGCGUCGCCUCUUUGCCACCUAUGCUAAGACGAAGGAGGAGCGGGAGAUCGCAGGACACUCGGCAUGGAUCAAGCGCAUGGUGGCUGAUGUUGCUCCAGGAAAACUGGAUCAGCUCGAUCUGGAGUACUCCAGCGGAGGCGCAUGGCUCGGGCAAUCCUUUGUCGCCAGCGCAAAGGUUCCACUUCCCCCUGGGCUCCAUCCGGAUGACAUCGUUUGGGAUGAGGACAAGGAUUCGCGGCCGUGGGUAUGGAUCUCAGGGCUUGCUAAGGAGCUGGGGGUGCCAGGGCAGACGAUCAGGGCAAUCUUUCCGCUCUUCGCAUGGAACAUUGGGGGUGUCUCGGUUACCGAUCACUCCCAAGCAGUUGCAGAUAUUGUGGGAAAAUUGCCGCAGGCGCAACAUGCCAAGGAAGUUUCGGACCACCUGGCGGUGCUUCCGCCAACCACACUGCCGACGUUCCUCGCCAGUGAUCUCAAUGCAGAGUUGGGUUGGGGUUGCGAUGAGCAGGGCACCUGUAGGGCAACGGGCAACAAUGGUAAGACCUUGGAAUUCUUGGGACAGUGCAUGGGCCGAGGACUCCAGGCUGUGGCUCCCCCACCUGAGGACUACCGAACACCGACUAGCCGGCCCAGGCAGUUGCACCGACGUGGCAAGCAGAUUGACUGUGUCGUGGCAAAUGCAGGAUCACCAGGGCCUUUGCGGAUCUACCGGGACUCUUGUCUUUCUUUGGGUACGGAUCAUGAGCUCAUCUCGACCACCAUCACCAUUCAGACAUCCAUGGCAGGCCGUGCCUACGUGGACCCCGAGGAGGUGAAAAUGGCCUUCAGGCUCGAAAGAGCCACCGCAGGUGAUUGGAUGGAAGUCAGAAGGCUCAGGCCGGUUCAGCACGUGGGCUGGGACGUCGAGUUCGCAGAGGCUCAACAGGGCAAGGACCCUCAUGAGGUCAUACACCAUCACCUACAGGGCAUUUACACUACAGGGCUGAUUAUACCCCCGGAACCUGCUUGGGAAGGACCCAUUGAGCCCUUCACGGAGGACGAAUUGCAAUGGGCUAUCGGGCAGGGCAAGCCCAACAAGGCAGUGGGGGUGGACGGAACUAGCCACGAGCUCCUCAAGGGUUUGGUUGAGGUUCCUGGGGGCCGGCAGGCACUCUUGAAGUUCUACAAUGAUGUGUAUCGCGAUGCCUCGGUCCCGGCGGACUGGAAUACGGCCUUGAUGAUAGUAAUCCCCAAGGAGUUGCACCCUACGGAACCGGGCAGCCUGAGGCCAAUCUCCAUGGGCAGCGCUGCGGCGAAAGUGUACAGUCGGCUAUUGUUGCUGAGAACGGCACCGUGGCUGCAGGCGGGCGAGGGGGCUCAAUGUAGUGGACCAGGCAAGCAACCAGCAGAGUACCUUUUCGGGAUGGCUAGGGUUAUGGACCUGGAGGCGGAAUGGCACAAGGGCUUGGUGGCGGCUAAGAUUGACAUCCGAAAGGCCUUCGAUAUGGUGCACAGACCAGCGUUGCUGGCUAGACUCAAACAGGCAAUUGGGGAUGGGCCAACAUAUCGCAGCUGGCAUGCCAUGUUGUGCGAAACGGAUGCUGUACUCUCGACAGGAUGGGGGCAAUCGAGACUUCAGCUUGACAGAGGCAUUAAGCAGGGUUCGGUUGAAUCGCCCAUCCUCUUCGGAUGGUUGGCUGCCUGUAUACUCAGGGACACUAAGAAUGCAUGCCAGUGGCACAAGAGACCCCAGAUUUACGACCAGCUCGAUUGCCAGGAACUACUUUUCAUGGAUGAUGGCCUGAUCUGGGAUGGCACCACGAAGGAGAUCUCCAGACGACUACAGGAGUGGGCGGACACACUUAAGCACCAUGGGUUGUCUCUCAAUCCCCGCAAAUGCAAGGUUUACAUGUCGCCGUACAGUAAGGACACAGGGCAGGUCAAGGUGGACGGGGUUGAGGUCCCGGUCGUCGCGGUGCUGGAGGUCAUGGGCAUCCCCUUCAGGGUUGGGGCCAGUCCGUCGGAACUUAUCUCGUCACUGCUGUCGCGUGGCAGGGACAAAUUCUGGGGGCACAAACACCUACUAAGAGCCAACACCCCGCUGGCAGGGCGCAUCCGACUCUUGGACAAGAUUGUCGGUGGAGCCGCGCUGUGGUGUCUUAGCGCCAUUGCCCCGGAUGCCUCGUCGCUUGCGAUUAUCAACAGCCUGCAGUUACAGUGCGUCAUGUGGGCUAUGAAGGUAGGCAAGAGGGCUACUGAGGGUUGGCUGCAAUUCAAACAAAGGGCUUUUCGUGGGGCGAGGCAGGUCGUCUGGAAUGUGCUUGGCAAACGAUGGUCUACGAUAUGGCUUGAGCGAUAUUGGAAUUUCGCUGGGCACAGGGCUAGAGGGUUGUACAAGGAGGUCGUGCCGAGCUCUUCGAAAAUCGACAACUACAAGAACAGGGUGUGGUGGCUUAAUGAGCAGCGCAAAACACGAGGGGAGCGUCACCCGAGGCACUUCCCCAAGCUCAGCAACAUGGAACGCGAUAUGGACCAGGCCGCGGGGAACCUGCCAUGGAGAGAAGUCGCGAGGGAUAGGGAAACUUGGAAGCAGAGGCUCGCACACUGGAUUGCACUCAUGGACCUGCCGUGGGCCAGUGGAAGGCAACUAGGGGUGCAGGGUUGA